AUGUCCAACGAAAUUUGUUCGUCAAAGAAGCCCAGAAGGUUUUUACCAGAACCCAUUGAGAUAUCCUCGCGCAGCUCGACGGAUCGCCCGCUGGAACAUGCUAGCCGCGACACAUUAACUGGCGGAGAAGGGUCUCAGAUACGCCGAAGAAGAAAGUUUACGCCCCAGCUCGUGGAAACUGGGAGGCGCUCAGUUCGAGGGGGAUCGAUUCCACAUAAUGCCCCAGAAUGCCCAUUUCAAGCUCGAUCGGAAAGUUUACAAGAUUCCGACAUAAUGAACAAUGGUUACUCUACUACGCCUGAGUCAUCAUUCUCAUAUCACAGUCUCCAGCGGCGCUAUGAGACGAGAAGACACUCGUUUCGCGUCCCAGACCUACCUGCCAUUCCAUCGAGCUGUAGCGAGGCGUCUGACGAGUCGGAGCUGGAUAGCCCGCCCACGCUAUCUAAAAAGCCACCCCAAAACCCAUCUAAAAUCCUCUAUUCUGACCGAGCUCGCCGAGAAAGUUGUGACGAAGAAAUUUCAAGUUACUUACUAUCUCUCGCAGCACAGGCAGCAGAACAACAGCUGAAAGAACAGGCACUUGCGGCUUUCCCAAAUGAGCAGGUCUACCAGCCCGUAGAUCAUUUCGCCAUCGAUAAUGAUGAUGAGGAAUCUUCACAUGACGAAGAUUUACUCCUUCCUGGGCAGCUAGAUAAAUUGGAUGCACGUCGAAAAUCGGCCGCUGAUCUAUCUUCGGAGCUUGAAUGCCUGCGAUUUUACAAGCAGAAGACGGCGGUGAAACAAUCACCGGCUAUUGAAAACUAUGGAAAUAUUCCUUUGCUGUCGGAACCUUUAACUCACCCUCCAGCUGGCCAUGACGGCUCGAUGGAUGUCGAAAGCUGCAGCAAACCAGCACAGAACGGGCGACACGCAAGCCCACCUAUGCUUGGAAACGAUCUCAUAUUUCCCCUGAGUUCCUCGCCCGAGACAACAAUAUAUGACAGUGGUAAUUCCUUUAGUACGACUCAUAGAAUAUACACCAACCCGGGUCUUUGGCACGCGUCGCCGCAUCAGGGUGACCAUGGGGCGGACGGUCUUUGGAUGGGAACCUGCAAGAACAACAGACGCCUGGAAGUAAUGCAAACUCCAGUCACCAAUAUGCAGGAGAGUAUUUCAGUGCCCACGGCCAGGGAGUCGACACUGACAGCUGAGUCUCCGGGAGCCGGAAACUCACUAGCAGCAGCAAGAGGGCUUGAUAUGCGAAAUCCGGUUAUCAAUGAGGACGCCGAAUCGUAUCCCUCCGAUGAUUUUGUGACCCAGAUAUAUAACUAUUUAUCGCUAGGAUACCCUUGUGUUGCCCGCUAUUAUGAUCAUGAACUCAGCAAGGUCUCUGGCAUCCCGGUAGUUGAACUCAGGCAAGAUGACAUCAGAACGGACGCCAAAGGUUUCGUCUUCCAGGAAGCGCAGAAAAUAGCAAGAAAAAAUACAAGCAAUAGUUGCAAGCGAUGGCAUGCCUUGCGCUUGUACAUACACAAACGGGGUAGCCAGCGGCCAUGUGUGCCCGAAGAGGAUGCAAACCAUGAGAAAUGGGGUGUACUCGAACGAAGGGGAAGUUGGGCAGUCUAA